AUGGGGGAAACCACCAAGACUAGCGGGAACAACAGCGCGUUCCACAACUUCCACAACGACUUCUCUCAUGUCAAGGACGUCAACGAGAGACGCCGUCUGGCCCUCGCGGAGGUUGACCGAGCUCCGUUCGGAUGGUACCACGUGCGGGCCAUCAUCGUCGCAGGCGUCGGUUUCUUUACGGACUCUUACGACAUCUUCACGGCCUCGCUGUUGACCAUUAUGCUGGGCAUCGUCUUCUAUCCCGGCGUCGGCCAGAUGCCCACGUCCUCGGACACCGCCAUCAAGCUCGCUACCUCGGCCGGCACGGUCAUCGGCCAGCUUGGCUUUGGCGCGCUUGGCGAUAUCGUCGGCCGGAAGCGCAUGUACGGUGUUGAGCUCAUCGUCAUCAUCUUUGCUACUCUGGCGCAGGCUCUGACUUCAUCGUCGCCCUCUAUCGAUGUCGUUGGUGCUAUCAUCUUCUGGCGUGUUAUCAUGGGGAUUGGUAUUGGCGGUGACUACCCGCUUUCCAGUAUCAUCACGUCCGAGUUCGCCACUACCAAGUGGCGCGGUGCCAUGAUGGCUUCGGUGUUCGCCAUGCAAGGUCUUGGUCAACUUGCGGCCGCCAUUGUCAUGCUCAUCGCCACCGCCGGAUUCAAGUCGUCUCUCGAGACGGCCCCGACGCUUGCGACCUGCACAGGGGGCUGCGCCCAGUCGGUCGAUAAGAUGUGGCGCCUGCUCAUCGGAUUCGGUGCCGUCCCAGGAUGCAUCGCUUUGUACUACCGCCUUACCAUCCCGGAGACGCCCCGCUAUACCUUCGAUGUUGAGCUUGACGUCGAGAAGGCUGAGGGCGACGCGCAGGCCUAUCUCAAGGGCAGCUCGGGUGCUUCGCCCGACGAACUGACCCGUGCGACCGCCCGCAAGGAGGCCGCUGAGCAGAUGAAGGCCCCCCAGGCCAGCUGGAGUGACUUUUUCCGUCACUACUCUAAAUUGAACAACGCCAAGCUCCUUACUGGAACUGCCCUGUCGUGGUGCUUCCUUGAUAUCGCCUACUACGGCGUCUCGCUCAACAACGCCACCAUCCUGGAGGUUAUCGGUUACUCCACCAAGAACGCCCACAACACCUACGAGAUCCUGUACAACACCGCGCUCGGCAACCUCAUCAUCGUCCUCGCCGGUGCUGUCCCCGGCUACUGGGUGACCGUCUUCACCGUCGACCGCUUCGGCCGCAAGCCGAUCCAAUUCAUGGGCUUCGGCAUCCUAACCGUUCUCUUCGUCAUCAUGGGAUUCGGGUACUUCCACAUCGGCUCCAACGGCCUGCUCGCCAUCUUCGUCCUUGCCCAAUUCUUUUUCAAUUUUGGCCCCAACGCCACUACCUUCAUCGUGCCCGGCGAGUGCUUCCCCACCCGCUACCGGUCCACCUCCCAUGGCAUCUCCGCCGCCAUGGGUAAGAUUGGAUCGAUCAUCGGCCAGGGCGCCAUUGCGCCCCUGCGCACCCGUGGUGGUACCAAGCUGAACCCCAACCCGUGGAUGGACCAUGUCUUGGAGAUCUAUGCGCUGUUCAUGUUGCUUGGUGUUGGCACCACGUGCCUGAUCAAGGAGACGAAGCGUAAGACGCUGGAGGAGCUGGCGGGUGAGGAUGACGAGGAGGUGCAGGUGCAGGAGGGAGCGGGGAACAUCGCUGCUGUUGAGAACACGACGGAGGCUGUGGCCGGUGGUGAGGAGACUGCGAAACACUAA